CAAAGGCGCUCUAGACGUUACAAAAUAUCACGUGACAGGUUGCUUGUUCCUGGAAGUUAGCAUAAGUUGUCUCAAGCUAUUUUGGACGUCAAGAAGCUAACCAGCCAACUUUGCUGUAGCUAGCUGACUGAUAAGACAUGGCAAGUGCACCUCCCCUGGAGACCGGUGGAUUUGUGGGGCUCCCUCAGCCACCUUCAUAUGAAGAGGCAGUGGGUCCUCAGUACCAGGGUCCUGUGCUCCCUCCUGCCUACACCAAAGCUGCACAAUAUCCAUACCCAACACAGUCAUACAACCAAACAUAUCAACCAACAGCUCACAGUGCUACCAGUCCAAUAGUGUCAGUUCAAACUAUUUACGUCCAGCCGGGUGUGGUGUUUGGGGAUCUUCCAGUGCAGACACAUUGCCCUGCAUGUGCCCAGAUGGUGGUUACUCGGCUGGAACACACUUCUGGAACUAUGGCCUGGUUAACAUGCGUUGGCCUUUUCAUUUUUGGUUGCAUCUAUGGCUGUUGCCUGUUUCCUUUCUGUGUGGACGGUUUGAAGGAUGUCACACAUCGAUGUCCCAAUUGCAACAACAUUCUAGGAGAACACAAACGACUUUAAUUUUAAUUCCCUACUGAGCAUGCAUCCUUGGAGCAUGUCUCUAUUUUGAAUCGUAUAAUUGCAAAUACAGUCAGGCUAAAUAAUCAUGUUAAACAUGCAUAUUUAGAUGGUCAUUGUGUAGUUUACAGUAUAACCUUUAAGAUCUUUGUCCACUAAAUGACAGUAAAGAUAAUUUGCCAAUAUUGCACUUUCAAAUGAAGGAUUACUUUAUAUUAUAUACGCAAUCAGUUUGAAUAGUGAUGUUAGAGCUAAGACUGGUUGAUGUUCUUACUGUACAUUAUUAGAAACUGUAUCUUUUCUAAUCUGCAACCUGAUGUUUCAACUAUCUUUAUUACUUACUAGCAAAUUUAAAAGCAAGCUGAUAAUACAACAUUUUGGUCAAUUUGUUUUAGGCCUAAAUGCCUGGCUUUCGAUUGAAAGAAUGCGUGGCUUUAUAAAUCAUGUUAUACAAACAGUCACUUUGAGGAUGUUUUGAUAGACUGGAAUCCGGAAACAUUUGAGCGUUUCCUUAAAAUAGUAAUAUAUUUUUCUAAGUUUAUGGAUUCAUAAGGGUAUGAGUGAUUUUAUAAGUGCAGGCCAGGUGUAAACAAACCAUACACCCUGCAUACAUAAUUAUUUUACAUUCAUAUACUUUCUUGACCGUCCAGCUAAAUAAAACAAAAGCAAGUCAGCUUUCCAGAUUCCAUAGAUAGUACAAGGCAUAGUUUUUGCAAAUCAUACCAUUAAGGAAAUGUGAUUUUGUACAGCCCUUCAAACUGCUUUUAAGAUCAAAUGCAGCUCUGGGGCAACAUUUGACACUUCUCACUAUGUUGAUUAUGUUAAUUUCUAAAUAUAAUCUGUUACUUUUAGUAGCUACGGCUCCAAAUUGUAACCAUUAAUGUAAAUUCUGGAUUAGCCAAACUUAAGUUACAAUUUGAUUACUUUCCUGAUAAGAGGAGUUAGAAGACAAAAGGGAAGCAAUUGAAUAGCAACUAUUGCAAACUCAACAUUAUUUUAUACUGAUUCUAGCAAGCCAUACGGAUGUUGCAUUUUAUUUUAGUUCAAGGUAUUUCUAACCCAUUGCUUUCAAGUUCAACACAGACAAUACAAUUGAGCAAUUGCCACAUUCUUGUGGUGUUGGAAUUUUCGGAAGGUCCUAAUUUACCUUGAAUAAUAAGAUUCAAGGUAAAAUGGAAUUACAAGUGGGAAAUCCUAAAAUAGUAUUGUUGACCUUGCCCUUUCAGUGAAACAGUGACAAUUAUCAGUAUGGGUAAUGGAGAAAAUCUGACCAUUGUCAAUGUUAUGCAAGCUAGCUAGCAAAAAUUUGUUUUUGUUAAAUUUUGUUUGUCAAAAUAUUUCCUAUUCAAUUCAUUUCUGACUCAACACUUGCUUAUUAUUUCUGAUGAGCACUUUAUGUUUAUGUGUUUAAAAACGUGUGUUUUUAAAGUCAUAUUUCCACAUUCCAAUUACUGAAAUAUCCCUUGUUCUUGAAUAUAAUUGUACAUUAUUCGUUUUACUUGAUCACCUCAAAAUGAAGGAAUUACUACAUUUAAUGGUUUUAUUAUGAGAGUUUAUUAUACCAUUGUUUAAAAACAUUAUAUAUUUCAAGUGAAAUUCUGAUUUCUUUUGUCUGUUAGGCCUGUAUAAAUAAAUAUUUAAUCAGCACAAAUUAAAGCAAUAAAAUUCCCCA